AUGCCCUGCUCCCUCCGCCGGCUCUCCAGCCCCGCUGACCUUGCUCGAGCCGUCGAAAUCCAAUCCAUCACCUUCGCCAACAGCGCAUUCUGCCGCACUGUCGGCGCCGCACCCGAAGGCAACCCGCGCGAUCUCUCACCCUCCGACCGACACGCCAUCCAGAUAUCCCGCCUGCAAGAAACACUCUCCUCCGACCCCACCUUCCAUCUCAUCGGCGCCGUCGACGAUGAGACCGGCGAAAUCAUCUCCGUCGCAAAAUGGUAUACAUUCCUCGACAAAGUCUCGUUAAAGCGGUGGAAGGAAGGUGUGAGGACGGGCGGAGACAUGGAGAUUCCGCGGGGCGUGGAGGAAGAAGGGUAUAGGUUUGCCAAGGGGAUGAUGUUCGAGGGGAAGAAGAGGUGGUUCGGGGAGGAAGGGAGGGAACAUUGCUUUCUUGCCGUUCUCUGCACCCACCCCGACCAUCAGGGCCGCGGUGCAGGCACCGUUCUCCUCAAAUACGGGCUCGACAUCGCUGACAAACACGGUGUAGAGUCCUACUUGGAAGCCUCCGUAAAGGGACAGCCUCUCUAUGAGAGAUAUGGAUUUGAGACUAUAACUUUCCCAGACGGCCAGCCUGGGCGGUUGGAAUUUGAUGUCGGAAGGUUCACGGGUCGAGGAGGAGACGAGGGCGAUUGGGUGCGCCUAGCGCUCAUGACCAGAAAGCCGCAGUCGAAGAAUUAG